AUGAACACCGCAUUUGCUCCCUCUCACCAUCUCCAACCACCUUCUGAUGGUGAUCAUCACGAAGAACAAACAAAAUUUAAUCAACACCACCAUGGUGGUGAGGGAUUUCAAACACAAACGGCUCCUUCUUCUUCUUCUCACAUGAUGAUGGAUUUACAUGAUGAUCCGCCUCCUCCUGGAGAGCACGAGGAUCAUCAUUCGCAGCACCAUAAUAAUAACGGCAUAAUGUAUGACCAUCAUCAUCACCAAGAGUACCUUCAUCAAAACGAAUCGGCGUAUCACCACCAACAUGAUGUGAGUUACGAGCCUGUUGUAGAAGGUUCGCAAUCUGCCUACCACCAACCACACGUUCACUCUACAAGUAGUAGUAGUGGUGCCAGUUUGUCUCAUCACUAUUCCCACUCAGGCAAACCAAAGAAAGACCUCCACGAAGUCGAGUUAUGGCUCUGCUCGAAACUGAAUAAUGAUUGGAGUUCGGAACGAAUUGCCUCUCAGAUCAAUGAGGAGACUCUUGAACUCUUCAUUGACGACCACUCUCACCACAACUAUGAUAACUUUUAUAAUCUGGGCGUUUCCAACUCUCAGCUCAUCAAACUACGAUUCAUCAUGUGCUGUCUCUCCAUCAAGAAGAAGCAAAUGACUCCAACACUUGCCUCUUACUUUUGUACAUUAUUUAAGAACAUUAUCGAAAACAAACGAGGUGAAGAUGACUGGGUCAGAAUGAUGGCAGAAAUACUCUAUUUAUUCCCUGAGCAUUCAUGCAUUAGGACCGAUAUUCAAAAGAGCAUUCUACACGAGCUCGAGAUGAGUGACGACUAUCACCAUAGCGGCAACCUCAGCGAUGAAGACUCUCCACAACACUACUUUCAACAAGCCAUCAAACACUUUCAGGCUCUUGCCAUGAAACAAGGGGACGAGAACUCCUCAUCGACGCAAAAGCUUUCCUUCUCUCCUGCCACUUCUCUAAAGCCAACAGUCUCUAAAUAUUUGAAUGUGAAUUCAGAGAACAUGGACAGAGCCAUGAAAGAAUUGGAAGAGAAGAGACACUUUCUCGAAGAAUAUUCCAAUACAGAUGGAAGGACUCUCAAUAGCAAUCUGUACUCACUUCGCCACUACCAACCAUCAAACAAACACUUCACUCUAAGACCAUCUGCCUGUAAAAAUCUCAUUGAACCACUUAAUUAUUUGGACGAGCUUGAGAACGAGUCCUCUAAGAAGAAUGUCGGUGUGAAAGUUUCACCUCUCAAAAAGAUCACGCCUUCUCGACCUCCCAUGUCUUCUUCAGGAUCUACCUCAACACCAACCAGUGCCAACCUCCUCAAUAAGAACAAACUCCCUGGACUGAAGAAAAUCUCUUCAAAUUUACCUUCAACACCUAAGACUGCUCUCUUAAAGACUCCUCCUCCUUCACAUACUCCAACGACUCAGCUCAUUUCGCCUCCAUCUGCCACAUCCAACUCUGCUCCUAGAUCUGUUUUUCUCGAUGACUCAAUUGCUCUACAGAGAAUUAAAGAACAACAACAAAACGAGAAAAAACGAACCUCCAACAAACAGUUGACAGAGGAGCAAAAACAAAAAGAGAAAGAACGAAAGAAGCAAGAAAAGCAAGAGCUCAAGGAAAAGAAGGAGAAGGAAAAGCUCGAAAAGAAGAAGCAAAAAGAAGAACUCAAGAGAAAACAAAUGGAAGAGAAAAAGGCCGCUCAACAAGCAGCUCUUGCCAAUGGAGGAGGAACUGGAACAGGUCGCAAGCGUAGAAAGAAUAAUCCUGCCAACAACAAUGCAACACAAGACAAUUCGGAUCAGAAUUCCAUGUUGAGUCCUUCACAGGUGGAUCCAUCGAACGUUGCCGCCGCAGCUGGAAUGCAUCACAUGUAUGGCUAUUUGAAUCCAAUGUUUGCAACAGGAGCAGGAAAUCCAGGAAGCUUCCCACCAUUUAAUCCCGGUCAAUAUGCAAACUUGUUGUCAAAUACCUUCUUUUCACCUGGUACAACACAACAAGGUACCUCUCAGCCCAAUCAAGCAGGAAUGCCAUCCGUUUUAUUGCCCAACAUGAACCCAACUCUUGGAAAUAUGCAAGCUCUAGGUAAACCUCCACAAGGAGAUCAGACUAGUUUCACACAAUUACUCGGUAUUAACUCAUCACCAAAUACAAGACCACCAAAUAAUUUAUUGCCCCCAUUUGCACCACCACCUGGCGUUUCAUCAUUUCCAAAUAUGUUAUUCAAUCCAGGAGAUCCAGCCUCAAUGAAUAUGCUUAUGAGGGGUGCUCAGCUUGGUGCCAAUCCCUCUGCAGGACAACCUCAAAUGCGUCAACCAUCAAACUAUCCAGUGAACUUCCAACAGCAACCACCUCCCACUACUACGGCUGCUGCUACUCAGAAUCCUCCUCAGACGGCACAAUCAGUAGUAACUGACGAAGAAAGAAAGGCCAAAGUUGAGGUCUAUCUCAAUAACAACAUUUUGAAAGAUUGCAACAGAGUGUCAGAGGAAACACGAAGCAAAAUUUUCAACUUUUUAAUUGGCAAUACAAGCUCAGAUGGUGGCUUUGAAGAUAAACUUCUCAUUCAUGAGGAGGUUGAUAAUGACGAGAAGAGACAAAUUUUCUUCCACAUGGACCACACCAACCGAAAGUGGAAGAAGAUUAUGCAAAAACAGAAUAAUAUUCAACCUUCUGGACUUGAAUAA